AUGCCCCUGUUUCCAACCCUUGAAGGUGAGUUGGUGUUGACUGAAACCGGUGCAGAGGCACUUGUGCGAACAAUGAAGAUGAAAGCAAUGGUUAGUACGAUAACUGUCGCUCCUCUCUCUAAGUUGACAUAUUUGAGACUCCGAGAGAUGGAUGAGCUGGAAGCCCUACCAGCAGAAGGCCUUCCAAACCUCACUUCUCUCCAAGAGUUGACGAUUUGGAAGUGUUCAAGAUUUGCAUCUUUACCUCCAGCGAUGCGACGCCUCACCUCUUUACAAACAUUGAUAAUUAAAGGGUGUAGCCAGUUGCAAGAGCGAUGCAUUAAGGGAGAUGGUGAAGAUUGGCCCAACAUUUCCCAUAUACCCAACAUAGAACUACUAGGACUGUACGAAGAUACAUUCCAGGAUCCAGGUUGGAGUUCACUAGCUUUUUACUUAUUAGAACCAGCUUAUUCCCUUUCCUUGCCUUUUUCUACCCCAGCGGUUAGGGGCUAA